AGAGAAACAACGGGGCAGCCUAGGAAACAUUAGAAACACUCUUCUUCCAAAUCCGCGACUCAGUCCAGAGGGAGAGAAAGGGACCGAACAAAAGCAUUCUUUGCUUUCAUUUUAAAAGAAGAACGAAAUAACAACACGCUUGUCAGGGAGCCAUUUGCUCAACUCAAGCAGAAAGAGCUGAGAGGACGGUUCAUCAUCUGUUCUCCACCACCAAGUAAAAGAUUGCGUGAAUGUUGCGAGCAUCAAGAGGAAUCCAACAAAAACAGCACGACAAUGAGGAUCGCGUGGCUGCUGCUUUCACUCAGCUCCCUGUUUCACUGUUCAGAUUCCACUUCUGAGAGUCCAUCUACUACUGAAGAUGGACGCUGGAACACUGCAAAUACAACUGCUGUAACAAAUGCAACUGUAGUGCCCCCCAGUUAUGUCCAAACACAACCACAAUCAUCCCUUACAAACAACCCAUCAUCAACUCAUGAAAACAACAAUUUUGCUCCUACCUUUAGCACCCCCAAAGCUACAAUAUUAGCUACAACAGCUGCAACUGCUACAACAUUAAUAAUAGCCACAACGAAUGGCAGUGGUAACUUGUUACAGACAGACGUCUCACCAUAUGCCACAGUAGGACAACAGCCCACGACUCACCCCACCACUGCUUCUGAGAUCAGCAAAGCAGAUACAGAGAAAACAACUAUGCCUGUGACAAGUAACGGGAGGGGAACAUCAGGGGCCACACAGCCGGCUGGGAAGUCCGAGACCACCAACAUCCACCCCACUCUAACCACAAGAGGGUCUCUUGCAUCUGAAAACACAAGCACAAGUGGAAGCACAUCCCAGCAAACCACCAUCUCCAUGGCCAUUACCACAGAGCAUCAGCAAAAGAGAUUUCAUUAUUCUCUAAACAACAAACUGGAGACAGAGAAAGACAAGGUGCUGGUGGAGGUGUGCAAGCUACUGAUGGCAAAUUUGCAAGAUGGAAACUGUACACUGAUAUGGAAACACCAAAAUGGCAAAGUACAGUUUGAAAGUGUGGAUAUAAAUGGAAAAGUGAAACCCAGCCUCGCAACCCAGUAUUAUGAGGAAAUGUCCAAGAGGCCAGCAGAUAACAAAACCCUAAUUGCCAUCCUGGCCUCCUGUGGAGCUCUGCUCAUCAUGAUCGUCAUCCUUGCCGUUUGUGCCUCACACCACCGGAGGCCAUACAAUGAGAAUCAGCAACACCUUACAGAGGAGCUGCACACUGUGGAGAAUGGUUACCACGACAACCCUACGCUGGAGGUGAUGGAGGUUCAGCCAGAGAUGCAGGAGAAGAAGGUUGCGCUAAAUGGAGAGUUCAGUGACAGCUGGAUUGUCCCCAUUGACAACCUGAUCAAAGAGGACAUACCUGAUGAGGAGGACACCCAUCUGUAGGCUGGGAGAGGCAAAGAAGGGAAGGAGACGGUGACAUGACCUGGCCCAAACAAAUAAAAUAAUUCUCACUCCCUGCACACACAGAUCUUUCACUCCUGGCCCAGGGAUUAUGUCCCUUUAGCUACAGAGGACCCUGCUACAUUUACCUGCAUUAAGUAGAGUAACCAAGCUACCAUAUUAAUGCAGUUUUUCUGUACAUUCAGUAUCCUCCAGAAGACAACUUUUCUGCGUAAUUUAUAACAUUUUUGUUACUCAGAAAAUCCAGACCUACAGUCCUACACUGCAAAUGGUAUUAUGUGUGUCCCUGUACUGAUCUAAAAAAAAUAAAAUAAAACCCUAAUUGUUAUAUUCUACAUUAGCUUUUGCAUGUGUGGAAGCACAAAUAUGACAUAUAUGUAUAUUGCAUGCACUGCUGCAGUUCCACAGAAGCUAUCCAGCUCAGGAUACCCCAUACCUGAUUCAGAAAAUACAAGAAUGCAGACUAUGCUUGUGGCAGAUGAGUUUAUGAUACUACAACAAAUUGUGACUACUUGAUAUAAUCUAAAAUGUUGCUAAAUGCCCUUUCCAAGAAGAAAACAGACAUGCAACAUAAAGUAUGCAACACGUUUGAGGCUUGAGAGCUCCUGAUGGCAGGAAAUCCAGACCUGGAUUAACCAUGGUUUUAUCUCUCCUUUAAUCCAAAGAUUAAGCUUUCUUUCCAGGUAAAGCCAGGAUCACAUUCACACUGCAAAGGAUAUUAUGAGUGUCCUUGUAUUGAUCUAAAACAAUUAAAUGAAGCAGCUCAUUACUCACUGUAUCUAUUGUUGCACUCAAGAGGAGCUUAUUAUCUUGUAAUUGUAACAUAUACACAGUAUAAACAUCCUAAAUGCUAUAUGAUGGUGAGUGUUCAAAUUGGCUUUUCUGAUAAACAUGGUAAGCAAUCCCAUUUGAUUGCAGCAUACUUAUAUAGAAGGUUUAGCGUUUCCAGUGAUACUCAUACAUUUGUUUCUUUCCACACAAAAAAGCCUUGAGGAAGCAAUUAAAAAACCUUUAAGACCUCUAAAGUUGAGGAAAAUUAUUUCAUGUUACAAAUGAUAGCUUGAUCCUUUGCUAAAGUGCAGCUGGAGCAGAGGUUAUGAAGUUAUUUUACUGUUCACCCUGAUUGUCUGACUGAUAAGUUUUCAUAAUCAUGUUGGUUAUAACUGAUGCUAUGGAAGUGAUGCCAAAGCUGCUAAAAUUAUACUCAGGUUUUAAUAAUGAGGAAUUAUUCAACGCCACAGGUGUUUUCUUGGGCUAAUAAUAUUUUUUUUAUAGUUUUUACUUGCUUUACAAGGUGCAAAGCAGGGAAGCUGUAUUAGAGCAGACAAAAGUAUCUCUCUGAAAUGCACUACACUGACAUUUAUAUAAUAGUGGAAGGCAAUUACAAAAUAGUUGAUCAGUAAUGCCAUAAAAAUGCAGCCUACUGUACCCUAAGUGUUGCUGAUAAUGGCAUUAAAACACCAUUCUUUCUUUUGAGUUCUCUCUAUAUAUGCAUAUAUUAUGUGUGUGAGUGUAAAUGUAUGUGUAUGUAAUGUAUUUCAUACAAAUUAAGUAAAUCCACAACUGGCACUCCUAUCCACCUUUUUCUUGUGUGUAUUUGCAUGUCUGCACUCUUCAGUUAUUAUAUAGCCCGCCACCCCCCCACCACCUUUUUUUUUUAACCCAAAGUACUUUUACCAGUAUUUGAUAUAUUUGUGGUUUGUUUGCUGCUAAAGGCAAACAGCAGGGGUCUGACACACUGAAGCUGUAAAUUGUCAACCGCCAUGGCGGUCAUCUGCAAAUAAAGAAAGUAUCUUUCCACUUGG